UUGAUUCGUUUGUGGAUAGCUGAAGCAUUCAUUCCUGUAAAGGAGGGUGGAUACACCUCGGACUUAGAGCGUACAGCUGAGAAAUAUUUGGAAGAUCUCAUUGAUAGGAACCUCUUGAUGGUUUUGAAGAGAAGAGCCGAUAGUCAAAUCAAAACAUGCCGCAUUCAUGACACAUUGCACGAGUUUUGCAAAACUGAAGCAGCCCGUCAGAAUCUGUUUCGCGAAAUAAUGGAUGGAGCUAAAUGGGGCGAGGUAAUUAUAGACAAAAACACCCAUCGUCUCUGUGUCAACUCUUCAAUUAUGGAGUUCUUGAAAUCGGGGGGCAAGUCAUCUGGUGAUCAUGUUCGCUCUUUCUUAUCUUCUUGCUCCAAAGAAGUAGAAAUCCCCAACGAGUGCCUGCAAGUCAUUCCAAAAUCUUUCCCUCUUCUUAGAGUGAUGGAUGUUGAAAACCUCAAGUUCAAAGUGCUGCCUAAGCAAUUCUAUGAUCUCUUCCAUUUGAGAUUCGUAGCGGUGUCAACUGAACUCAAAAUCCUCCCCAAAAGCUUUAGCAAAUUCCAUAACAUGCAAACACUCGUGUUCAACACCACACAAAAUAGUCUUGAUGUGAAGGCAGAGAUAUGGAGUAUGCGUAAACUAAGGCAUGUGCACACCAACACAUCCAUGCAGCUGCCCCUCCCUCCAAACACCAGCAAGAAUAAUAAUAACAAUAGCAGCAGCUUGGGAAGCACAGAAAUAAAGACUCUUUCCACCAUCUCACCUUCAAGCUGCACAAGUGAAAUUCUGGACAUGACCCCUGAUCUUCAAAAGCUGGGAAUCCGAGGGAACUUAGUAGAGCUGAUGGAGAACAAGGGCGGGAUUUGUUUGUUCGACAAUAUUAAAAAACUCGACCGCCUCGAAAACCUUAAGCUCAUACACGAUGCUUUGCAAGGCAACAAAUUGCGGAGCUUCCCCGAGGCUGGGAAGUUCCCACGCAGGCUAAGGAAGAUGACCUUGUCCAACACCGCAUUUGACUGGAUGGACUUCAAUAUAUUGGCGUUACUAUAUGAGCUUGAGGUGCUAAAGCUGGAGGAGAAUGCAUUUAGAGGGGAUAUAUGCCAUGUAAGGAACGACGCCGUUUUUAGACAGCUGCAAUAUCUGCGCAUCCAGAGGGUUGAUAUAGUAUCAUGGACAGCUUCAAAAGACAGUUUUCCAGUAUUAAAAUAUCUCUUCCUCAGGAAUUGCACUCAACUCGAUGCUGUUCCACCUGCCUUUGGUCACAUAGACAGUCUUAUAUUAAUGGAAUUGUAUUGUACUAACGACAGUGCAACACAGUCUGCUCUAGAAAUACACAGGCAGCGAAGUGCAACAAGUGCUGGAUUACCAAUAUUUCAGCUCUCUAUCUAUCCUCCUUAUCGUCAGGAUGUGGUCUCCAACCACUGACUGCAUGCAUGCUAUGAAUUUCCCACUGGCGAAGAAGGCGAAUGGAGUUCUACUACAUGUACUCUCAAAUUCUACUCCCUCAUUUGUACUCCCUGAGGUGGCAAACCAGGAUUGGUUAUUUUCAACAUGUGGGUCCACAGAAAAGUGUCUACAUCAAGAACAUGUGAGAGUGAGUAUAAGUUGGGAGUAUAAAGUGGGAGUACAUCAAGUAUUUUCCAGGCGAAUGUGUGUUCCGGCCAUUUCUCCAUGUCAGAGUGUUGAAAUAAAUCUUGUUGUUUGUUUGUUUGUUAGUUUUUACCGUCUUGAGAUUUGCAUUGGUAUUUUUAUCUUUUUUUUUUUUCUUUUCUUUUAAUCAUUCUUUUAAAAGGCUGAACCCCAAAUCCUAAGGGCCCUUCACACCCGGACCCGACCGAACAUUUGGGAA